AUGCUGCUGAAGCGAAAGAACAAAACAAACGGUUCCACGAACGGAGGAGACGACGAGGCUGAAGGAAGACAAAUAAAGAGAAAUAAAACAAACAUUUCCACGAAUCGGGACUCCGUUGCAUCAUCUACUACAUCGGAGCUUUCACGCAAUCCCAGUCCGACCCUGCCAUCAUCAUUACCCUACAACAGAAGAAGAAGAAGAAGAAAAAGAAGAAGAAGAAGAAGAAGAAGAAGAAGAAGAAGUACAAGUGCAAGUAGAAGUAGAAGAAGAAGUAGAAGUAGAAGACGUAGCAAUAGAAGAAGAAGUAGAAGUAGAAAUAGAAGAAGAAGAACAGGAAGAAGGAGAAAUAUAAAUAUAAGUAGAAGAAGUAGCAAUAGAAGAAGAAGUAGAAGAGAAGUAGAAGAAGAGGCAGAAGUAAAAGCAGAAGCCAGAAAUCUUUGUUCCCUCAGUGGCUCCCAAUCAGGGGGUUCAUUUGAUUUUUAA